AUGGAGCUAAAACCUUUACUGAAGAAGCUUGGCUCAAUACUUCGCACCAUCUUCACAUUCACCUUUGCUCUGGUGGUCCUGGGCAUGAUGGUGUGGGCAUACGUUGACGGUUUCCAGUUAGUGACCUCCAUGUAUGGAAUCAUCUCCUUUGGCUUUUAUGGACUACUCCUCUCGCUCCACAUGUUGGUCCAGAGCUUCUUCGCCUUUAUUGAGCACCGUCGAAUGAAAGCUCUCACAUACCCGUGCACCUUCACCAAAACCAUUGGCUUCACUAUUUCAGCUUACCAGGAGGACCCUGUCUAUCUUAGAGAGUGCCUUAACUCCAUCAGGGCCCUCAAGUAUCCUGCUGAGCUGCUCCGCAUCAUCAUGGUGAUCGAUGGGAACACAGACGAUGACCGGUAUAUGAUGGAGAUGUUCAGGGAGGUGUUUGCGGACAUGGACCCUGGCUGUUGUGUGUGGAGGAACAACUACCAUACAUGGGACCCCACCCAGGCCCAGGAGGAUGUGGAAAUGGGCCCAGGAAAGGAUGCUGAUCAUAUCAUAGUUGAGGAUCCACAGCGAAAAGAGGUAGAGCAGCUGAUCCAGAGCAAGAGUUGCGUGUGCAUCAUGCAGAAGUGGGGCGGCAAGCGGGAGGUGAUGUACACCGCGUUUAAAGCACUCGGGUCAUCAGUUGACUUCAUACAGGUGUGUGACUCAGACACCAAGUUGGACACUCUGGCCACCGUGGAGCUGUGCAAAGUGUUGGAAAGUAACCCCAAGUACGGUGCUGUGGGAGGAGAUGUGAUGAUCCUCAACCUGAAAGAGUCCUACAUCAGCUUCAUGAGCAGUCUGAGGUACUGGAUGGCUUUCAACAUCGAAAGGUCCUGCCAGUCCUACUUCAACUGUGUGUCCUGCAUAAGUGGUCCUUUGGGUCUGUACAGGAACAAUCUCCUCCAGCAGUUUCUGGAGUCCUGGUACAAUCAGAAGUUUUUGGGAAGUCACUGCACAUUUGGUGACGACAGACAUCUUACCAAUCGAAUGCUGAGCAUGGGCUUUGCAACAAAAUACACAGCCCGCUCCAAAUGCUACACGGAGACACCUGCUCAGUUUCUACGCUGGCUCAACCAGCAAACUCGCUGGACAAAAUCAUAUUUCCGUGAGUGGCUCUACAAUGCAAUGUGGUGGCACAAGCACCACCUCUGGAUGACCUACGAGUCCAUCGUCUCAGGCAUUUUCCCCUUCUUCGUCACCGCCACCAUCAUCCAGCUGUUCUGGACAGGCACGCUGUGGGACAUCCUCUGGAUCCUGUGCUGCAUCCAGCUGAUUGGGCUGGUGAAAGCGGCUUACGCCUGCAUCCUGCGCAAAGACAUGGUGAUGGUGUUUAUGUCCCUCUACUCGGCUCUGUACAUGACCAGCCUGCUGCCUGCUAAGUACUUUGCCAUUAUCACCAUGAACAAAAGCAGCUGGGGGACAUCAGGCCGACGUAAGAUUGUUGGAAACUACAUGCCCCUCCUCCCGCUGUCAGUGUGGGUAGCCAUUUUACUAAGUGGGCUUGGUUACAGAAUUUACGAGGAGAGUCAAAAGGACUGGUUCACUGAAGCCAAGAUACUAGAGACUAGGUUCAUCAUCUUUGGCUCUGUGGCAUACACGUUCUACUGGCUGCUUAUGAUAUCCCUCUACUGGGUGUGGUUCCGCAAGUCAUGUAGGAAACGCGUCCAAAGUUACACAUUGAGUGUGUAGAUCCAAAUGGACCUGUGAAGAACUAAGAGAAGGAUAAUAAUUUAUUAAAAUUCAACCACUGACCUUAUUAUAUUAAGUGGGUUUCAUUUAUUUAUUUUGUCUAAGAUGUCAUUAAAUAAUGGACAGGUAUGCAGCUAAACCAUCGAACCUAAAAAAAAAAAAAGAAUGAAUAUUGUUUAUAUUGAUGAAUAUAUUUAAGGGCAAAUGUUUGAUUCAUAUUCGUAUUGCACAUUUCAAGGAAACUGUACUGAGGGCUUCUGAGCCCAUGCACUUCUCAGGUUUCUCUUAUGGACGAGAUCGCUUUCCAUCAGAUAUUUGUUCAUGAUAUCUCAAGUUGGGAAAAUUGCAAUUUAGAUUAAAAAAAAAGUAUUUAAAGGUGUGGGCAAUAUAUCUUGGUUUAUAUAUUUUUAAAAAUAUUCAGACAAUAUGUCCACGUAUGUGAAUGUACAGUAGAUUACUUUAACAACACAAUGAACUCCACUUGCUUGACUGUGUCGGUCUAUGACCAUACAUGUACCACUGUUGUUGUUAUUGCACUGGAUCCUGGAUGACACUUUCUGCAGCAUUGCACAUUUACUUGAAAAUACAGAAAAUGGCAGUUGAAGUAUUGCGCAGUAGGAAAAAUGCACAAGCAGAGAAAAAUAAACUGUACCUCUAUGAGAAAACUGGACAAUGUUGAUGAUGGCAGUGGAUCAAAAUAUGGAGUAUCUUACUGAAACAUGAAACCUUUAUGUA